AUGUCGCUCGUUGAUAACAUUGCCAAAACUCUUGCAAGGGGAAUUAUUGGCCUUGUCAGCGCCGCCUCGGAGACGGUGGCUGAGGGUCUGGCCAAGCGAAAGCGAGGCGACGAUGGCGAUAUCGGCGAUGCAGAGUCCCUUGCGCUCAUCUUCCAGGGCAAUCGCAGCGACCAGCUGCCUCCUUACGCCUCUCCAGUAUCGUCGCUGCAGAGCCGUGGCCACCCAAGCCCAGACCCAGGCAGCGGCCAAGGCGAGCUCAUCCAACACAUCUGUCUGAACCUUGGCAUCAGCGAAGCCACUUUCCGCUUACACUUCGGAUCGGACACUCCUCCACCCGAGAUACUCGAAGGCCUGCUCCAAUUCCUCAGCCGAGUGCCGCCUUUCCUUCCAGCCUCCAUCACCGAAUACAAUCGUGAGCAACCGUUGUGGUCGCAGCUGAGUGGUGACUCGGCCCGACGAGAGUCGAUCCAGCACUUGCUUCAACAGUGCAACAGCCUGGUCAGCUAUCCAUGGACAUCCAUACCCAACGCAGCUCGGCUUGACUUUGACUUUCUCGAUCGCCUGGAGCCCGCUGAACGAUUCCGGUUCCUCGACGAGGCUAACAUUCUCGAUAGCACCUUCGAGUCUCGCGCAAGAUCCGGCGAGACCAGCCAUCGGCUCUUUGUCGUUCGCUUUCUCAACCAGCCCUUUGGAAUCCCACGAAACACCCUGCUCGGGUUCGAGCGCUUCUAUUUGCAGCGCCUCACCAACAUCAGUCUCACCCUGGUUGGCGGCUUUGCUGCCAACAUCCUGCAGAGCCAUCCCAACGAACUCCGGAACGUGGUGACCCUCCGGAUCAUGCAAACCACCAGCAUCCCAAGCACAGCCAUGAACGACUUGCGACCUCUUCCAACCCUGGAGAGACUGCGGAAUCUCCAUCUACCGCACACCAUCCUCAGUCUUGACGGCAUCGGUACCCGAUUCCCACGCCUCCGCCUCUUGGAUCUGCGCCUCUGUCGCAAUCUUGGGAGUCUCCAUGGGCUGCGGGACCUGGACCAUCUCGAGGUGCUGAUCCUGCCUCCACUGAUCCACACACUCGAAGGGCUCCCUGCAACAAUGCCAAGCAUCCACACCCUUGACUUGUCGAGUUCCACGGGCCUGCGGUCCCUCACACAGCUUCCAUUCAUGAGCCAGAUCAGGCGAGUCGUUCUGAGCAGAUCGCAUGAAACGCCACAGUUCCUACAGCUGCUCAGCAACGCCCUCGGUCCACUGUUUUCGAUUGUGUCCGUUGAAUUCAGAGACUAGUGAGCGGUCCCUGGGUUAUGGAUGGUCGAGACUGCAAAGUGGUGAGGGGCUGGACGAGCACUGAGAAGCUUGGCCUGCCAUUAGUAGAAUAGUCCCGGCUUGAAAAAUGAGGAAGCUCUCUCGGUUGAAAAUGGAAAGAUAAUGAAAAUGUGUGUUCAGGUUGACUUUGAUGUUCUGAAUCAUCUGUGGCGAUACACAAUGGUACUUGGUUCGGCUACAUCGAUGAUCGGAC